AUGAUUGCCGUACUAGUGGAUAAGAUGAUUCGUACACAGAUUGUUGACUGUGCUACAGUAGCAAAUUGGAUCUUCUCUUCAGAACUGUCUCGUGACUUUACUAGAUUAUUUGUUUGGGAAAUCUUACACUCUACAAUUCGUAAAAUGAACAAACAUGUUCUGAAGAUCCAGAAAGAGCUAGAAGAAGCUAAAGAGAAACUUGCAAGGCAACACAAACGGCGAAGCGAUGACGAUGACAGAGGCAGUGACAGGAAAGAUGGAGCUCUUGAGGAGCAAAUAGAAAGACUACAGGAAAAAGUAGAGUCUGCUCAGAGUGAACAAAAAAACCUCUUCCUCGUCAUAUUUCAGCGUUUUAUCAUGAUCUUGACUGAGCACUUAGUACGAUGUGAAACUGAUGGGACCAGUGUAUUAACUCCAUGGUAUAAGAACUGUAUAGAGAGACUCCAGCAGAUCUUCCUACAGCAUCACCAGAUAAUCCAGCAGUACAUGGUGACCUUGGAGAACCUUCUCUUCACUGCUGAAUUAGAUCCUCAUAUCCUGGCUGUGUUCCAGCAGUUUUGUGCCCUGCAGGCUUAAGGGUCAUUUUUUUUCUCCCUCAUGUCAAAUUUUUUUAAAAAUAUCUUAAAAUAAUUUGUCUUAUUUUUGAUGGUUUGAAUGCUUGCUUUCUUGUAGUAUCCUUUUAUUUCUUAAACAAAAGGGGAGGACAGUCAAAAAUAAUGGCAUUACUUUUAAUUGCCCCCCAAAAGCAAUUAUUUCCUAUUGACAAUGUGACGAUGAUCAUGACGUACUAUAUAUGUGACACAUACAAGAUUUCUGUGAUCAAGUUGAUAUUUUUUCUCUUUGAGGAACAAAAUAGCUGAUCUGAGGUAUGUGAAGCACUAGAGGUCAAGCUUACAUAGUACAUAGAACCAAUGAGUUUAUUACUAAGUAGCAUAGCUUUUCACAGCUCGUGGAUAACUUAACAUGACUGAAAUAAAACUAAAAGUAUGUUUUUUA